UGGGUUCAGACUGGGGAAAUGCGCUGGUUAUGGAGACACAGAGUGACGGCUUUACUGGCGGUGCUGGUGAUCUUACUGCUGCUGACGCUACUGGCCACACACUCACUGCACAACAACAGAACUCACGAACAGAGACCGACGGCGGACAGAAGAAACCAGAGAAGAUCUGCGGAGAAACACACACACACUCCUCCGCACACACAGCAUCCACUAAAACCCACACACGCUCCUCCACACACACCGCAUCCCCCCAGGAGAGCACACCCACCCGUGGUCUUCCUGAAAACACACCGCACCGGCAGCAGCUCCGUGCAGAAUAUACUGUUUCGACUCGGGGAAAGAGAGAGCGCCACCUUCGCCUUUCCCUCUCGCACUUACCAGUUCAACUACCCACACAGAUUCAGAGCGUCAUCAGUGGACGAGCUGCCUGAGGGUUCAUCUCAGUUUGACCUGCUGUGCAGUCAUAUGCGUUUGGACCUGCGGCAGGUGAGGAAGGUGAUGCCCCAGAACACAGUCUUCAUCACACUGCUGCGAGACCCAAUCAAAACCUUCGAAUCAGUCUUCAGAUACCACACCUCCACAGUUCCAGCAUUCCUCAGCGCACACCGAGCCUCCAGCAACAUGGGCAAACCUGCACUCUCAGUCUUCCUGGAGUCUCCGGAGACCUUCUGGGACCCAAUGGAGCCGUGGAACGGUCUUGCCAAAAAUCCCAUGAGCUUCGACAUGGGGCUGAACAAUCAGAAGUGGAACAGCUCCUGGCCUGAAGACCUGGCGCAACUGGAGGAGGCGUUUCACCUGGUGAUGAUCGCUGAACACUUUGACGAGUCGCUAAUUCUCCUGGGAUCUCUUCUCGGACUUGAUUACGAAGAUUUGGCUUAUCUUCGACUCAAUUCUCGUGCUAGCAACAGCAAAACAGAGCUAACUGAGAAUAUUCAAGCGAAACUGCGAUCCUGGAACGUCCUGGACACGCUUCUCUAUGACUUCUUCGUGCAGGUUUUCUGGGAGAAGGCGGCUCAGUUUGGGAUGGAGAGGUUGAAAGCGGAGACUGCACGUCUUCGGGAAUCUACAGAGAGUAUUCUGCGGAAAUGUGUCUCGAGGGCUGCAGUGCCCCCUGGUGAGCUGGAGGACCUGCUGCGACCGUGGCAGACGGAGACGGUCACCAUUGUGGGAUAUGAGGUAAAGGGAAAUCUCUCGCUGCAGGAUCAGGGCUUCUGCGUGCGGAUGAUGUUGCCUGAGCUUCAGUAUCACUCGCACUUGUAUUUCAGGCAAUACGGGAGAGAUAUGAGAGCCGCUUCAGCUGAACUCUGA